AUGGCCUCCUCACCAGCCUCAACCUCCUUCCGCACCCGCCUCCAACAACAACAACAACAACAGCAACAACAACAACUCAAUCCUCACCACCACCCCACAAAACACACCUCCCUCCCCCCCCUCCAAAUCCAAACCCACAACAUCCCCCCUCUAGAAGACACCCCCACCACCAGCGCCAGCCCAUGGCCCACCCACCACCGCCACAGCGCCAGCCUCACAACCAGCGCCAUGACCCUCAGCGCGGGCGCCGUCUCGCCCUCCUCCGACCGCCUGCGCCUGCGCCACGCCCAGCACCGCCAGUCCCUGCUGGGCCAGCACCCCGCUAGUGCGCACCCUUCCAGUGCGAGUGCGAGUGCCGGUGGGAGUGGGGGUGGGCAUGCGUAUUCGUACUCGGCGGGGAGCGCGGUGGGUGGUGGUGGUGGUGGUGGUGGUGGUGCGCGCCCGCCGCUGUCGCCGAGGGGUGAGGGAAAUGGGAGGGGGGAGGGGGAGGGGAGCAGAAUGGAUGGCGCUGUGAGGACGGUGGCGGGGGUGAUGAGGGUGGAGAAGCCUUCGUUGAGGCUCGUUGAUAGUGGUGGGAGUGGUGAGGGGGGGGAUUGGGAGGAUGAAGAUGCUGCUGGGUUUGAGUGGGGGUAUAGGAGCCGCGGUGUCGAUGGGCAUCGUGCAAGGGGUGGGGGAUUUGCUACGGCUGGGAGGGGCGGCGGCGGCGUGGGGACUUCCUCGAGCAGAUAUGCUCUGCGUAGACCGAGGAGUACCGCCGGCUGGGUACGCUCGUCGGCUGCUUCUAUUGCUGCGCCUACUACUUCUAGUGGUGCGAAUGGCCAGCCGCAACAAAGGACCGGGGUGGUCAAGAAGACGAGCUUCCUCGCUCCUCUGUGGGAUGGGGUUCGCGAGAAGCUGAACCUGAGCAAGUCGAAAUCGUCGGGAAGUAUCGGGAGGGUUGUUAACUCGGUUGUUGGCGGCGGUGGUGCGGACAAGAAGAUCGACCGCGAGAAGGAAAAGGCCCGGCUUAUGGGCAUCGAGGAGAAGGAGAAGGUCGCUUCACCACCGCCGCCGCCUGGGCCAGCGUACCCCAGCCGGGAGGAGGUUAUGGAGAGCUACAAGAACCUCGUCGCGUCGGGCUUCUUUGAGGCGCAUGCCAUCCGGGGCGGAAGACACCCCUUACGGUCCGGCGGCGCUGCGGGCAAAGCCUUUGCUGAGCACAUGGUUAUCCCGGAAACAUCGCCAGCGCCGAGCCGGAAAUCCUUCUCGGAACACAUGGCCGAGGCUGAAGCUGCCGCCUCGUCGCCGGCCAGGUCCUUCGCCGACCACAUGGCCGCGCAACAACCGCCGGCCCCACCCCUCUCGUCGCCAAUACGGAAAAGCAUGGCCCCUCCUGCACCUCCUCCCAGGGGCUCGUCCCAAAAAAAGUCUGACCUCCUAUCCUCUCCACAGCGCGGUACCAAGCGGGGCGCGUCCAUGGACCUUGCCACCGACGCCGAGGUGGUUACCCGUAAGCUCGUCAAGAAGCUGCGCCACUCAGCCUCGCGUCUAUCGGUGGAGUUGACGGGUGUUAGAGACAACUACUACUCCAACUAUGGCACGCUCAAGGCCCGCCCGUCCACCUCCUGCGGUGCCCCCGGCCCGCUCUCCCCCACAUCCUCCGUCUUCAGCGGCAUCACCUCCCCGCCGUCGACCAGGGCCUCCAUGGACGGCAUCAGGUCGCCCAGGUACGGCAAACUCACCAAACCCAAAGACGGCCGCCGCCGCCGCAUCCUAGGCCUCAGCCGCCGGAACCGCUCCCCAGUACGAGCGUCAGCGCCAGUGACCAGCGCCCCUGCCGCGGCGGACCCGGACGCCAUGGUGAUCGACGAGCCGGAGCAGGCCACCGCCACACAGGCUCAGCCCGCUGCCGUUGCCGCCAUCGCCACCAUGGCUAGUCCCAAACCUCACAGAAACAUCACCCCGCCGCCCGCCUCCUUCCGCACCAAUCACCCACGCAGUCUGCGCAGCAGCGACACCUCGAGCAGCGCCGUAUCCCCGCAGCACGAGCCGCUGAGCGUGGUGCCCGACCCGAACCAGGGCAUCCCCUUUGUGCCGCGCAUCCCGCGUGAGUUUUGCGAUGCCAUGACCGCCUUGGUGCCGCCGGCUGCGGCUGCGGCUGCGGCGGCGCGCGGUGCGGUGGUGGUGGUCGCGGGCGAGGGGAAGGAGAAGAAGGGGGAGGAGACAGGGGAGGACGGGAAGGGGAAGCCGAUCAACCGCGACUCGGGGCUUGGUGAGGAUGUUGAGAAUAUCCCGGAUUGGGGGUAA